UGUCUCCCCCGGCAUCGAGCACCGCCGCCGCCGGUCCCGACCCCAGCUCCGCGAUGUCCGCCCUGACCCCAUCGAUCCUCCCCCGCGCCGCCUGUCCCGACCCCGUCUUCCCCGCAGCAAUGGCCGGUGGCUUGCUGGCGGCGGCGACCCCGGCGGAACCUGAGUCCACCACAACCACCACCAUUUCCUCCCUCGGCAAAGACCUGCUCCUCCACAUCUUCCUCCGCCUGCCGAACCUGCCGGCCCUCGUCCGCGCCGCGCUCGCCUGCCGCACCUGGCUCGGCGCCGUCCGGUCCUCCCCGUCCUUCCGCCGCCUCUUCCACGCGCUCCACCCGGCGCCCCUCCUCGGGAUCUUCCUCGAGACCGACGGCAUCUGCAUCCCCACCUUCGUCCCCGUGCGCCGCUUCGACCCCGACGUCGCCGUCUCCCUCCGCCGCGGCGACUUCUUCCUCACCUCCCUCCCCGCGGAGGGCGACGCGUCCCGCGGCUGGCUCCUCGACGACUGCCGCGGCGGGCGCGCCCUCCUCUGGAAUGCGCUCCAUGGUUCGCUCGCCGCUCUCAACCCGAUGACCUGGGCCGUCGACUCCCUCCCGAUGCCCCCCGUCGACUUCAUGGCGGAGACCCGCAACUUCCUUGGUUUUCACCUCCUCUACUCCGACGAGAAGCCCUCCUCGUUUCGCGUGGUCUGCAUCUGCGCUGACGCGUCCAGGGUUCGUGCCGCCGUCUUCUCGUCCGAAACGUGGGAUUGGGCCAUCAACCCGUGGGUGGAAAUCGGUGGAAACAACAGCCUAAAGUGCAAGACUAGCACACUGGUGGGUGAUUCUGUUUACUGGCCUUGCCACGGCGAAGCACACAUGAUAAGGAUCGACGCCACGACCAUGGAUGUCACCACUGUGGAUCUACCCUCUCAAGCGAAGGUUUGGACCCAUAGCGUGGAUGGUGAUGGGAUUCAGAGCUGGAUACCGCACAAGGCAAUCUCUUUGGGUGCUCAAGUCGAUCGCAUUACUGAGGGCUUUCAGGGAGACCUCAAGGUUGUGCAAGUUAGGGAUGGAACCGCUUACUUAUCAAGAACAAUGAUGACCCCUUCUGGCUUACUCUGCUGCUGGUUUUUCUCCCUUUGCUUGGAGACUAUGGAGCUUGACUUGCUGAUUCAGGGGAGGUAUGAUGGUCGUGGCUAUCCAUACAUUAUGGCAUGGCCUCCUUCUUUAGUUGGUGAUGAAGCACCUGAACUUGAAGGUUCGGAGUGAAGUGUAUGCAGUUGGUUGCCGUCGCGUAUGAAGAAAUGGUUGACAAUUCGUGGGUAUGAUGAAUGAACUGUUAUCAAAUGUACUUUGGAGUCGCAUAAAACUAUCUAGCUGGCUUUGAAAAUUUGAGACAACA